AUGAAACGCGAGGCGCCCGACGGGGAUGCCUCCUCGAAGCGCCCCAAGACGGCCCCUGCGUGGCGCGAGGCGGCCGCGCGGCGUGCUGCUGGACCUGCUGCUCCCGGAUCGAAGUCGAUUCCUGAAGGAAAACCCAACUGCCUGGCCGGCCUGACGCUCGUCUUUACCGGCGAGCUCCAGAGCCUCUCGCGCGACGACGCGGUGGACCUCGCGAAGCGGUACGGCGCCAAGGUUACGACCGCGCCGUCGUCCAAGACGUCGUAUGUCGUGCUCGGUGAGAAUGCAGGCGCCAAGAAGCUCGAAGUGAUCCAGAAGAACAAGCUCAAGACGCUUACCGAGGAUGGCUUCCUCGCGCUGAUUGCCGAGCGUGGCACCCACGCGCUCGAUCCCAAGGUCGUGCAAAAGAUGAAGGACGAGGAGAAGAAGAUCCAGACCGCCGCCAAAGAGAUGGCGCCGCAGACCGACGCGCCGACUGGCCAGCUGUGGACGAACAAGUACGCCCCGCGGCAGCUGAAAGAGCUCGUCGGAAACAAGUCCAACGUCGAGAAGCUCCAGGCGUGGCUGCGCGACUGGCCGCGCUCGCGCCAGUCCAACUUUAAGAAGCCGGGCCCGAACGCGACAAAUACCUUUCGUGCGAUGCUCAUUUCGGGCCCGCCCGGCGUCGGAAAGACCACCGCGGUGCACCUCGUGUGCAAGCUCGAGGGCUACCAGGCGCUGGAGCUCAACGCCAGCGAUACCCGCAGCAAGAAGCUGCUGGAGACUGCGCUCGCCGACACCAUUUCCAACCGCUCGAUCCAGGGCUGGUGCGGCGUCAAGUCCGACCUCCCUGUGUCGGACCGCACCGUGAUUAUUAUGGACGAGGUCGACGGCAUGUCGGGCGGCGACCGCGGCGGUGUCGGUGCGAUCAAUGCGCUGAUCCGCAAGACGCAGGUACCGAUUAUCUGUAUCUGCAACGACCGCCGCAACCCCAAGAUGCAGCCGCUGUACUCGACGACCUUUAACAUGACCUUUGCGAAGCCGACCGUGCAGGCGAUCCGCUCGCGCAUGCUCUCGAUCGCCUUCCGCGAAAAGCUCCAGAUUCCCGCCGAGGUGAUGGACCAGCUGAUCACCGCGGCGCAGAGCGACUUGCGCCUGGUGACCAACAUGCUCUCUACGUGGAAGCUCUCGCAGAACGCCAUGACCUUUGACGAGAGCAAGCAGUUUGGCGCGGCGAACCAGAAGCCGACGCUCCAGACGCCCUUUUCGCUGUACUCUGAGCUGUCUUCCUCGCAGCGGUUCGGGCCGCUGAACAGGCAGUCGCUCAACGACAAGCUCGACUACUACUUCCAGGACCACUCGAUCGUGCCGCUGAUGGUCGAGGAAAACUAUCUCAAGACGAAUCCUGUGCUGGCUCAAAAAGAGCCGAACCCUCCGCUGAAAGACUUGCGCCACCUCGAGCUGCUGUCCAAAGCCUCGCUUUCUAUUUCUGACGGCGACAUGGUCGACACGCUGAUGCACGGCCCCCAGCAGCACUGGUCUCUCAUGCCGCUGCACGGCAUUACGUCGAGCGUGCGGCCGUGCUCGCUUGUGUACGGCUCGCACGGCGGCUUCCCGUCGUUCCCCGCGUUCCUCGGCCAGAACUCGAAGCGGAUGCGCUUGCAGCGCGAGCUCGUUGACGUGCAAACCCGCAUGCGCCUCAGGAGCACCGGGACCAAGGACGACGUGCGCCAAAACUACCUCUCGGCGCUCCUGCCAAAGCUGGUCGACCCUCUCUUGGCGCACGCGCAAGAAGGCAUUCCCGAGGUGAUCGACACGAUGGAUGCCUACUUUCUCAUCCCUGAGGACCGCGAGACGCUCGUCGAGCUCGAGCUCGGCGACGAGCGCCGCGAAGAGCGCCUCAAGAAGCUGCCUGCCGCGGUCAAGUCCGCCUUUACCCGCGCCUACAACGCAGGGAGCCACCCUGUCGCAUUCCAGCGCACCGCGAACCUGCCCGCCGCCGCGCAAAAGACCAAGGCGCUCAAAGGCGAAGGGCAGCCGGACAACGAAGAAGCCUAUGGUGUCGACGACGAAGCACCCGAGCCUGUCGAGGCCUCGGACGAGGACGAGGACCCGACCAAGGACCGCCUUGUGCGCGCGGCCAAGCCCAAGGGCAAGGCCAAAGCCAAGGCCAAGUAG